AACACCAUUUUUAAUGACAAAGACCAAUCCUUUUCUUGAAGUUGACCCAUGAUCGUUUAUGACAUUGAAAGUGAGUUUAAUUUGUCCCUUACCACCCACUUUCAUACGUGUAUGGUUACCUAGCUUAACUGAGUGAGAAUAACUUUCAUCAAGAUCAAAGAAUUUCCUUUUUAUCCCCACACAUGUGAUUCGAAUAACCCAAGUCCAAAGGCAAAAACCACAUACAAUUGCUUCUUUCAUCACCCCAGUUUGUGCCAUAAAAAGACUAACCUUUUUACAAGCAAUGCUUCACCUGCAAGUCUUUAGUGCACAGCUUUGCCAAUGUCUUUCUCUGUGCUUCAGCAAUACCCGUGGCAAGUUUUUCAUCAUCUACCGAUUUCAUGGUUAUUAACUAGGGCUGCAAAUGAAUCGAAUGAACACGAACAACCUAUUGAGGGAGACCAUUCGGUUGUUGUUCCUGUUCCUCCUGCCGGCACCAGCGCAAAAAGCAAAUGCAUGGCUCGGUGUGAGAAGAUAACCCGCCUGAUGAACCGACAAAGAGUUAGGAGGCCGGUUGCUUUAUCACCUCCAACCGGGCCGGAGUCGUUUGUUAUCACGCUAUCGGAAUCGGGUACCGUAACCGUAUGUUUAACCGUGGAGCCUUCCUACAAGUCGUCUUACAAAGAGGAAGUGAAAGCUCUGAAGAUUGCUUGGGGAACCACGCUAGUAUUACUUAACAUUGUUCGUUUGGAGAAGAAAUUGGCCUCGUUGAUCUACAUGAGCAUGGGAUUGUUGUGGUUAUCCAUCGUUUGUUGUUUGUUGUUGGUUGGUGGUGGUUGAAGUCUACAAGCACGCCAAAGAGGAUCCCAAAAAGGGUUGGUUGUGGAAUGGUGUACAACCAACCCUCUUUGGCGUGCUUGUAGACUUGAUCCACCACCAGCCAACAAACAAUUGAUAACCACAACAAUCCCACGCUUGUGUAGAUCAACGGGGCCAAUUUCUUUUCCAAACGAACAACGUUAAGUAAUACUAGCGUGGCUCCCCAAGCAAUCUUCAGAGCUUUCACUUCCUCUUUGUAAGACGACUUGAAGGAAGGCUCCAUGGUUAAACUUACGGUUACGGUACCUGAUUCCGGUAGCGUGAUAACAAACGAAUUCGGCCCGGUUGAAGGUGCUUAAGCAGCCAGCCUCAUAACUCUUCAUAGGUUCUUCAUAAUGCGGGUUAUCUACUCACACCAAGCCAUACAUAUGCCUUUUGCGCCGGUGCCGACAACGAGAGGAACAGGAACAACCGAGUUGUCUCCCUCAACAAGUUGUUCACCUGUUUGAGAAACUUCUCCACGUUCACUUUCGGUGAUCUCGAGUGAAAGGUAAGGCUCUCCUGUUUGUUUUGUCAUUUUUUGCAAGUGAGAGGAGUAAUACGAAUGAGGGAGAAGAUGAUAAUGAAAUAUAACGUUCUCUCUAUUUAUACUAUCUCUCUACUCCUUUUGUUUUUGUGUUUUUGUGUAAAGUCAACUCAUUUGAAAAUGAUACCUCUGUUCUGUUGGUUUUGUUUUAUUGUUGUUGCAGAGAGUUUGUCUUAUAUAUUAGUGUACUUUCCUUAGUUAGUAUGAGACAAACAAAUAUUCAAAGUGAUUGCAGAGAAUACUAAAUGUAAUUGUGCAUUAACUCUUCUAUAAGAGCUCAUGUUUGCAUGGUUUAUUGUGCAUUAAAUGUAAUUUAAUAUUCUUAUUCAACAUUAAUUUAUAUUUUAUUAUUAGUGGCUA